UCACAGGCUGCAACCACAGCCUCGCUGGCUCUGGAGAAAUACAUAAGGCCAGCCUUGUUCUAAAGAAUUUGGUUUUUUUCCACUCAUGUGAACACUUUGCCCAAGGGUAGGAGGAAAGGCAGGGGCGUAGUGGUGGAGAGGAGCUGCUGGUAGCUCCAAAAGUCGCAGUCAGAUAGGAGAGGCACCUAACGCAAAUACCACCACCAGAAACCAACCCCUCCAUUGGUCCAGCCAGCAGCCUCGCUCAGGUGCCUUCGCAGGGUAACCUUCUGGGCAUGCCUGAUUGCUGCCUCCCACAGUAUAUAAACUGUCCCGGGAGAAAACAAUCCGUAUUCAGCACGAGAGAGGCUAUCCCAAAAUGAAGGCUUUCCUUGUCCUCCUGCUGGGAGCAAUCCUGUGCUUGGACUCAGGUUCUUCUUUGCAGUGUUACAGCUGCACAUCACAGCUCAGCAAUGCCAACUGUCAGAAUAAAGUGGACUGUAAGGAGCAGGAAACAUGCAAGACAGAUGUGAUCAGAGUCAUAGGGCUCUUCAGCAUCAUCAGCAAGGGCUGUGACCCGUCAUGUGAAUCAUUCCAUCAGGACUUCAGCGUGGGCAACAGGAAUAUCUCCUGCUGCAGCAGCAACCUCUGCAAUGUCAACACAGCAGGCAGUGUGAGGUGCAGCUAUGGGAUGGCAGCAGGGACAGCAGCCGUUGUGCUCUGGACCUUCCUGAACAACAGACUGUGAGGAGCAAAGAGGACUCCCACGACCACAGAAGGUCUUCGAGCACCCCUCUUAUGACAAGAAUGGUAACCGGGAGCAGUGUGGUGUGUUGGGCACACAGCAUCCUUGGAGCUGAUGGCAGAUCUUUGCCAUAUGAAAGCUUCUUCAUUACUGUUAUUGUAUUCCUGUAGUGCUACCAGAUAAGAAAACAUGUGUACAUGCUAUCUGCAUAACACCUAAAACAUGCUUAUUUCUG